AUGUCGUCAGGUAUCUUCGGCAGUCUAUUUGGGACCCCUGCUCGUGGAAAAAAGUCAGGCAGUUUAUUCGCCAAAGACGACCCAGUCAUCCUUACUCAUGAUGAUGUGCGCGAUUACAACGAAGACAACAUCCUCCCUCAAACGCCAGAAACUCUUGCAAAGAUUCGAGAAUGGCUACAACCAACAGGCUACGACGACGACAGCAGCGAAUACAAGAAACAUCUCUCUUUUCAUCUCGAUGGCACCGGCGACUGGCUCUUGUCUUCGCUUAGCUAUCACACGUGGCAUGAUGGCAGUGAUAACGGCCUGCUCUGGAUCCGAGGCAUACCUGGCUCGGGAAAGUCGGUCCUUGCUGCUUCCCUGAUUCAUCGCCUACUCCAAGAGGACGUUCCAGUGCUGUACUUUUUCUUCCGGCAGACUAUCGAGUCCAAUCAUGAGCCAGUGGCUGCCCUUCGAGAUUGGUUAGCACAAGUUCUCAAGUUCAGUCCGCCGCUUCAAUUGCGAAUGAAGCGAAUUCUGGACGAAAACCGUCCCUUGGACAGCGUCUCAAUUGACGGUUUCUGGAGUUAUCUACGAAUUGCGCUGGCUCAGCUCCCAAAGGCCUAUUGUGUGGUUGAUGCACUGGAUGAAAUGGACCAAACGGAACAGACACAUUCCUUCUUGAAAACCUUGGCUGAACUCGGUCAAUCCAAGUUGAAAAUCGUCAUGACCAGCCGACCAUUAGCCAUCAUUGAGAAGCCGCCACGAAACGCAAAGUUUGUCAGCAUUAGACUUGAAGAGGACAAGGUUGAUAGAGAUAUCGCCGCCUAUGUCCAAGACAGGCUGUCUACAUCAUCGAUACCAGAGGAAUACCACGUUGUUAUCCAAAGAGCAGUUCCAGGAAAUGCCAAUGGCCUUUUUCUCUACGCCAAGCUAGCAAUGGAUUCCUUUCUUCGCCCCGAAGCCAGCAUUCAACAGGUUCUGAAGAACCUACCCUCCAAUCUCGAUAUCAUGUACAGUGAUAUUCUUCAAGAGCAUGCCACAAGGUCCGGCAUGCCCCAGGAUAUUCAGAUACUGGUCAUGCAAUGGGUUACUCAUGCUGGGAGACCUCUCAGAUUGCUCGAAAUCGCAGAGAUCAUCAAUACUACGCAAGGUUCAAAGACGUCGCUGAAUCUCAAAGACACCAAGGAACUUGUUCGUGCUGCAUGCGGGCCGCUUUUGGAGAUUCUCCCGAACGAGACGAUAUGCGUCGUUCAUCACUCUUUGACGGAGUUUUUGACAGGGUCAACCACGGAUCCCAAAACAAGGAAUUUUCCCAUUCUCGAGUAUGGAGCUACUCACAAUCUUCUCGCCGCUCAAUGUCUCUCCUAUCUCCUUUCGAGGUGUUUGGAUGAGGUCCAGCUUCAACCUAGGAAGCUCUCGUUUAGACCGGCUCACGAGUGCCCUGCAGUUGUGAACCACGACAAACGAUGGUUGGCUGCGCCAUUCCUGAAGUACGCUGCACUGAACUGGCAUCAUCAUGUCAGGAAGGCAGAGUCCGCAGGGUUCGACCAAACAGAGAUCAGGCGCCUUCUAAACAAACUUCUCGACGGAGAAAAUCUGUUGAAGUGGGGCGCCCUGGCUCGGGUUUGGAGGAAUUAUGUCGACGCAACGCCUCUCCUGACAGCUAUUGAUCUCGGUCUUGUGGACUUCACCCGGAUUCUACUUGAAAGACCUGAGGAAAUAAAGGACAUCGAUGAUGCUGAGACACAUUCCUGGGCGUUGCCACGUGCCGCGCGGCUGGGCCAUCACAGGAUUGUUGAUUUGCUCUUAGAACAUGGCAAGGACGUGAACGCGUUCGAUAGUGAGGGAUACACUGCCCUUCAUCAUGCAUCCCGACACAAUUACCUGACCAUCGUUAUCAGGCUUCUUCAUGCCGAGGCAGAUCCUUUCGUACGGGAUAUAGCACACACCAAAGUGAGCGACAGGUCAUUUGGAUCUUUCGAACAGAAGGGUUCAUUAGCUUUCGACUUUGCAUGUAUGAGCGGCCACAACGAUGUUGCAAUCGCCCUUGCAUCAUACUUCGAUGCGUCUAGCAAGGCAACUUACGCAUUUCAGCGCGCUGUCCAGUCAAAACUGUUUGUAGUCGCAGACAAGAUCCUGAAGAGUUCUCUGGUGGAUAUAAACGCACCGAUGACUGGCUGGUUCGUCGGUACCUUACUUCACAACGCUUGUGAGAAACGCGAUCUCGAGUCCAUCAAAUGGCUCCUUGCAGCAGGCGCUGACCCAAAUGUGCUGCGAUCUACGCCAGGCUCCGAAGCCCGACCAUCGGAUGUGGGUGAAUCUGCACUUCACGCGCUGACCUUACGGAGAGAGUUCGGCAUCUAUGCUGAUCCUGGCCCCAAAGUGACGGCGGCAUGCUUUGAUGCAUUGCUUCGAGCAGGAGCCAAUGUGGAUCAGACGAACUCUGACCUCGAGACGCCACUGCACUUUGCCCGCGAUGCCUCGACUGUGGGCAUACUUCUCGAAGCCGGUGCAAACCCAAACGCAACUACGAGGCAUGGAGAGACACUGCUACAUCUAUCGAAUGACCGAGACAUCAUACGGAUGCUUCUGGAGGAUGCCAAAGCAGACACAACGCUGAAGACAUAUGCCGGCUAUACUCCUCUCCUGUUGUCAUUGAGCGACGGUGAGCUUGAUAAGGCGAUACAACUGGUUGACUUCGGCGUCGAAGUGUUGGAUAUCAACGAAGAGGGAGAUGGUAUCUUUCACUAUCUUGUUGGGAUCAAGGCCGACACUGGAAAGAUAGUGGGGUUGAUUGAGCGCCUGAUAGCCUCCAGCGCCGAUAUCAAUACGCGGAACAAGAAGGGAGAGACAGCCCUGCAUUAUCUCGGAUGCACUAGUAACGCAUUCGGGGGUAUAGGAUUCUCCUUGAAUCGAGAUGAACUCGACGAGUUGUUACUUGCUGCGCUGCUCCGAGCCGGUGCUCGGAUAGAUAUGAGAGACAACGAAGGCCAGACCCCUUUGUACAGCAUGGUUACGAGGACGGGCUUCUCCAGGGUUCAAGGUUGCAGGGAUACCUGCGAAAAGAUGAUAUACGCGGGUGCAGUUCUCGACACGACUAACGCAGAAGGAAAGACUCUGCUUCAGGGUUAUCUGGCUCACGGUGGAUUUGAUAUCGAAUGUUUCAGGUAUCUGAUCGAAAAGGGCAUUAGCCCGCACCAAGCUGACCUCGAUGGCAACACUCUUUGGCAUAUUAUAUUGCCACGUCAUUGUCAGAGUCAAAAUCAAAAUGGCAACACCUUCAUCAGUAUCUUCGAGGAGAUUCUCAGUCUUGGAGUGAGUUUGGAUCAACCAAAUCACGCCGGCUGGACACCCCUUCAUGUUGCCAGUAGCUGGUUGCCUGAAAGUUUCAAGAAGUCGGCUUUCAACACAAUGCAGACCUCAUCAGUCGAAAGAGCCACCACCUUUGAGAGAGUCCUCGAGCUCCAGAAUGAUGUCAACUUUCCAGACCAACACGGAGUUACAGCUCUUCAUUUGGCGUCCACGUUCUCCCAAUACCACACCAUGAGGUUGCUGCAAGCAGGCGCGGACCCCUGGAAGACUACGAAUGAUGGUCUGACCGCCCUGCACCUUGCGAUACUCAACAGGAAGACAAAUAUUGCGGGGAUGCUGAUCGAAGCCCUCGAUAGCGUCUGCCUUAGCUCGAUGGUAAACAUGCAGGACAUCCGAGGCAGGACACCGUUGUAUUACGCCUGCGCCUCCGGUACAAUCGAGACUGUGAGACUGCUGUUAGAAGCAGGGGCAGAAAUCGAGACCGCCACAUUCGAAGGUUCUGCCUGGGAUGGCUGUGCCCACAUUGAGGUAGCACCACCAUGUGGUCCCUCGUCCACGAUUGGCUCCAUGAACAAGUUCGACAAGCCGGACCACGGAUAUGUCACAGUUUUUGAACAGCAACUGCCUCAACCCUAUUCCUAUUCUCAGUCCUCCUCGGAGUAUCUUUUUGAAGUUUUAGAGCUUCUCAUUCAUACUGCAGGUUGCAAAGCCGAGACGAUUGACAACGCAAUCACGGUUGCUGCGCACAUCAAGAAGGAGUUCACCGUUGAAUGCCUCCUGCAUGCUCGAAAGUCACUUCAGAAUCAACAAAAUUUCAUGUCUGAGGAAGCCGAAACAGCUGGUUUUGUUGCGAUAGUAGUGCAGCUCUGUGAUGGCGCUUCGCCAGAGAGGCCCCGUAUCUAUGGCCGUUUUCCAAACCCCAGCGAUGUUCAUUCACACAAGCUUUGGGAUCUCAGGUUCCCGGAACUCGCAGCCCAGGAGCGGCAGAAGAUCAACUGUCUUGAGCUGAGCAACGACAAAAGAACUAUUCUACACGAUCUUGUAUCUCGUGGCGAGGCUUCAAAACUUGCUGACCUUCUGACCCCGGAGAUUAUCUCAAAGUUGGAGGAUCCCGAAUGGUGCCUGGAACAUGAGAAGGGUAGCGGUUACAUGAUUCAGCCGCUCCUGAUUACGGCUUGCUCACGCGAACAGCCGAAUAUGGAUGUCUUGCGCGUACUGGUCGAGUCCAUUGGCGUCAACCUUGACUCGCUCAGUCGAUCAAAAUCUGGAUGGGAUCUUGUCAGCCCAUCUGCUCUUCACAUCCUGGUCAGAGGCGAUUUCUGGUGGCAAGUUGGUCAAGCUCUGCCUUACCUAAUCAAGAAAGGAGCCAACAUGGAAGUUCGCGAUGGAAACGGUCGAACACCGCUAAACUAUGCCCUCAGUCACGCCGGGACAAUCAUCUUCCAGAGAAAGGUUGUUCAAACACUGAUUGAGCUCGGCGCAGAUGUCAACUCUAUCGAUGAUAGAGGCAAGUCCUGUCUAGCUCGAGCAAGAGUUGAUACGGGUCUCACAAAGCUCCUUCUGGAUCAUGGCGCCAUCGUCACAUACCCUGCGCUCAUCGCGGCCAUUGAUGACAGAGACGCCGAUGGUCUUGAGCUUCUUCUGUCAAUUGGCGCAGAUGUUAACGAACGGGAAACCAAAGACCAAAGCAAGCCCAAGACAGAGCACGCUAUGUGGAUGCAAUCAGUCUUCUCAACGCCCUCUUGGAAACCGGAUCCAUUUCAGGUUGGUCGCCGCACUCGCCGCCAUGGACUUCCACCUUAUGCUAUGCACCUCUUGCAUCAUGCAGCAUGGAACCGAUGCAGUUCUAGUCUCGACGCUGAGGGUAUCUCUGCGUAUGACAGGAUCGCUAGAAUUCUAAUCCAUCAUGGAGCAGACGUUUGCACACAAUAUGAAGGUACAACAGUUGCUCACGCCAUUCUCAGCCUAGGGUGCUUCUCGUGGAUCUCUCACGAACUUCCUCUCGAGCAUGUGGAUAUACGCGACGACUCCGGAGAGACAUUGCUUCUGUCAGCAUGUCACUGGGAUGACCCCAUCACUGGUCAAUUCAGCGACUACGUCACAGAGGACAUAGCUGAACUUUCUCCUGUCCAACUCCUGGUCAGAAAAGGCGCCGAUAUCCGGGCUCGUGACAACAAAGGUUGCAAUGUCCUUCACAAACUCCUCCCUGCCGAGGAAAAGACACUGGAGGCGGUGAGAUAUUUUGUGUCGCAGGCUCCAGAGCUUGUCAAUCAAGUAUCUGAAGAAGGCAUCGCCCCUCUUCAUCUGGCAACAUCAUUGAGCGAGGUCAAAGUGCUGCUUGAUGCAGGUGCGGAUCCAUCUAUCCGAGAUGAUCGUGGUCAAACUGCACUGUAUCUUGCUGUAUCGCGUCUCAAAGAGAAUACAGAUGUUACUGAUGCGUUAUUCGAUGCCGGAAGCGAUCCGCAUUCUUCAGCAAAAGAUGGGAACACGUCGUUCCAUCUCCUUUUAGGCGGAGUCUUCGACGUCUCAGAAGAUGGAGUGGUCAUCGGCCCCAGACGUCAACUGUUGGACCGGCUUUUGGCCUUGGGCGUUGACAUGAAUCUUCCCAAUAGUCUUGGGGAGACACCCGUGUUCUCCUUCUUCCGAUCUGGUCACAUAGAUCGUUGCUCAUCAUGGGCCAAGACUCAAGAAGCCAAGACGAAUGCCGGGAACCACCUGGUCUCUCAGACUGGGCCCUCCCUGUUCUCGCCCCAACCCGUACUGGAAAGCAAACCUGGCCUCUUUGGGAAUCCAGUUGGGCGAAAAGAAAAUUUCGAAGCACUCGAGAAUCCUGUUUUUGAUCUUUUGGAGAAGAUGGGGGUGGAUUUCGGCGUGGUGAAUCAUGCAAAGGAAACGCUGCUGCAUAUCGUGGCCGCUGAGAGAAACAAAUCGCAGAUCCAAGAAAGGAGAUUUCAGUAUCUCAUGGGCAAGGGGUUGGAUAUUUCAGCAGAGGAUAACCAACAGAGAACGCCAUUAGACGUGGCGGCUGCUUUGGGCAACAGACAUAUCACGAACCUAUUUGAGGCGAAGCAUGUUGGGCUGCGUGAUGACGGUGCUGAAGACUCGUCGUGUCCUCAGCCUUCACUAACCGGUCCAUUUCAACUCUUCAGAUAG